UCUCAUGUUAAGUCAAGUUCAAUUCACAAUGUCAGAAUGACGAAAUUUCGUUAAUAACAGCUGAUUUAGAUCAUACAAUCUCGUUGAUUUGCGAGUUUGCAUAGUGCAUUUUUUUUUUCAUGGAGAACAUUUGUACCUUGUUCCGCCGGAAAAAUGGUCACUCUGACUAAGUUUUUAGUUAUCGUGACAUUUACUGUUGUGUUUGUAUUGGGUUCAGCAUUUAUCUCCGGAGAAAAACAAAAAGAUGUCGAAGAAUUAGGAGACCUUGACAACUCUUUCCCAAGUGAAAAAGGCAGCUCCAAGGAGGGAUCAGUUCCUCAAGAAGAAACAACUUCACACGAGCCACUACAUCAUGAAAAUUCUGAUCACUAUUGGGAUGAUGUAACCGACUCUGAUGAGGAUCCUGACAUUUUACUUCCUCACUAUAUUGAAAAAAAUACCCUUAUUAAAAAUUCAACUAAGAAAAGCCCCCUGCUUUUAGUGAGUACCUUGGAUGGUACUCUAUCUGCCCUUGAUGCAUCUGAUCAAGGCAAUAUAUUGUGGAAAAUUGAAACUGGGCCUGGUGGUCUUUUAUCAUCUAGUAUAUCCAAAGUGGAACUAAAUAGUCAUGGGAAGCUUGUUAGACUUAUACCAUCUCUAGAUGGAGGAUUGUAUAAGUUUGAUGGGGAAGGUAUUGAGCCUAUUCCAAUCUCAGCUGAUUCCCUACUGCAUUCAUCAUAUCAUGCUGCAGAUGAUCUUCUUAUCACUGGUGGCAAAGAAGUCAGGACUUAUGGUGUGGAUGUACGUACUGGGCAUGUCCAAUAUGUUUGCUCUACUGAAGGGUGCCAUGUAGAACCUGCUGAAGCUGGAACUAGCAGUGAAUUCUUAAUUGUGAGAAGACACAGUCAAAUUGUUCGUGCGAUAGAACCACGCACUGGAACUGAGAGAUGGAAUUUUAGUGUUGGCAGACAUGAAGCGUCACUUCUUCAUACCCAUUCUGAUUCAUUCUCAGAAUGUAAGUCCAGUAAUAUAGAAACCCCAGAAAAACAAAUGGAAUGCUUUGUUAAUCACUCAACAGAAAAUGAGUACAUAGAAGCAGAUUCAUCAACUGAAAUUUUGACUCCAUAUCCCAUGGAAUUUAAAGUAGUCGUCCCAGAUGGAGUUGUUUGCGCUAUUAAUCCUGAACGACCAGGACAAGUUUUAUGGAAGUACAAGUUUGAAAGUCCUGUCGUACAUGUGUGGAAAUUAAUAGAAGGGAAUUUAAUGCCCCUGGACCUGUUUAAUCCAAAUUUUGUCCCAGCCCUCGAAAGUCAACCGGAUAUGUAUGAGGAUCCUAAGGCGGUUUCAUCUCCACUACUCUAUGUGGGAAUUCACAAUCAUCAACUUUAUGUUCAAGAAAGUGCUCGGAUUGCAGAUUUUACCGUUUCUGGUCAAUCGAAGCAGGAAAUUGGUGGAAAUCCAAGCACUUCUUCAAGUGCUUUAAGACCAUUUCGAAUUCAAUGGCAACCUUUAUCCGCAAAAACGUCGUUAGUCGCGUAUCAAGGGCGACCAGGUCGGUUUACUACUUCUACUGCUGCAUCUACUGAGGAUAAGAAUGAAGCCACUACUGAAGAACAUGUAGAAGAAAGCAGUGAUCCAAAAGUUACCGCUAUGAUCGUUCGCCAUCAGACAGAUUAUCCUUAUGAACGAGGAUUUUAUUUAUUUAAAGAGAAUAAGUCACAAAAGAAGCCCCCAAAACCGAUUAGUGCCGAUAAAAAUCCUGCCGACAUCGAAGAAGAAGAAGAGUUAUGGGAGGGUGGUAGGCAUACCCCAGUUCACAUAGUGAUUGUAUCAUUGUGGUUUUGGUGGCGCGAAGUGGUAUUUAUCAGCCUGUUGACUGCUUUCAUCUUUCAUAUGGUUAUAACUAGACAGGUUGUUAACUUCUUACAGCAACGAUGGGCAGUUGAGCUUCAUCGACAUAUCAGUUCCAUAGUCCCUCCUUUGGCUCGUUUAACGGCGCCAGAAACCGAUAUGGGGCAAGAGAACUUAGCAGCGCUAAAUACUCCUUCUAUUGCUGCUGGAGAAGAUUGCGAUCAACCUAUGAAAUCGGUGGUUGUCCAACCAAUGGAAAAUCAGAUUGCUGUUGCGAGUGGCCCUCCUGCAUUCGUUUCGCGCUAUUUGACAGAUUUUGAACCCAUUCAGUGUCUUGGAAGAGGUGGAUUUGGCCUAGUCUUCGAAGUUCGAAAUCGGUUAGAUGACUGUCAUUAUGCGGUUAAACGCAUUCAGCUUCCAAACAGUGAGGAAGCCAGGGAGAAAGUGAUGCGUGAAGUUAAGGCCUUGGCGAAGCUCGACAAUCCACAUAUUGUGAGAUAUUUCCAUGCUUGGAUUGAAUGCCCACCUCCUGGUUGGCAGGAAUUUCAAGAUGCAGCUUGGAUCGACAGCGAAUCAAUUACUGGACCUACUCCGUUCAACACAGGAGAGGACAGUUGCCUAUCGAAAAUGGAACCGUCCAACUCCGAUGGUUUCACUGGUUCAAAUGAAAAAUCGACUGUUGAUCAGUUUCCAUUUUGCAAUCAGAUGAGUUCAUUUGAUAAUUCAUUUUCGGUGCGGCGGAAGUCAUUGACAAACGAUUCGUUCGAUAUCGUUUUCGAAGAUUCUAGUCGGAAAACUAAAAAUUCUUGUAACGAAAUUCGAUUUGAAGAUGAAACAUCAGAUAAAUGUUCCAAAAGUACCAGUGCAUGCGAGACAGACGGCAGUUGUGCAAUAAUCAGAAGACCAUCGAGUCGCCAUGUUGUAAAAAGAGUUCAAAGAAACGUGCCGAAAACUCCCAACUACACAAGAUCGGACGCUAAAAUGUUUCUCUUCAUACAAAUGCAACUUUGUCGUAAAGAAAGUUUACGUGAGUGGUUGAGAGCUCACGUAUCACACCGCGAUACUUAUCAGACUAUCCAGAUGUUUAACGAAAUCGUCCGAGCCGUCGAAUACGUUCACCUACAGGGUCUAAUUCAUCGAGAUCUCAAGCCUUCAAAUAUAUUCUUUGCUCCUGAUGGAGCGAUAAAGAUCGGUGAUUUUGGUUUGGUAACUGCCAUGGCUGAAGAGGCUUCCUAUUCGCCCAUGUCUCCCGAAGGAAAUGUCAUUUGUGGUGGUGGAUUUUCGCCAUUUCAGCGCACUCACACUGACCAAGUUGGGACACAGCUGUACAUGAGUCCUGAGCAAAUUGAAGGGCAACCAUACAAUCACAAAGUAGAUAUAUAUUCGCUUGGUCUCAUUUUGGUUGAAUUGCUCUGGCCAUUGUCCACUCAGAUGGAACAGGUGACUGUGAUCUCUCAGUUACGGAAACUCAAGUUCCCACGAGGAUUUAUCGAAAAAUAUCCGGAAGAGGCAGUUUUGUUAAAUAAAAUGCUAUCUCGAAAUCCGGAUGAAAGGCCGACUACCUAUGGUAUUCGAGCUUCUACACCAUUGAGAAUCUACCAGGAUUCGACAGUAGAAAUUCCAGAAUAUUUGCAUUUCAGCUUACUACGUCCUCGCAGUACGACUCGGACUUCAUCUGGCAGUAGCUCAUAAUUGGAAAAUGUACGCUAAUCCUUUAUGGGGUUUUCAGUUGUGAUACUGAAAUAUGUACAUACAUGUGUGCAAAGAAUUUUCAGCAUUUUCCUAUACAGGAACUAAAAAAAAAUGUAUAUUUAAUUGUUUAUUACUUUAUUAAAUGUACGAAGUUUGGGUGUGCCCAAAAUUGGAAAAUAUCUUGAUUAUAAUACAAUUAUUGACACAACGCA